UGCAGCUCGGAUACUCGUCUCUUUAUCUUCUCUAGAUGGUCCGUCUCUCCCCCGGUGUUCCCCCGGUAUCAGAUGCACAGUGCCACGUCGGCUGGCUCUAACCACACCGCGUCGAGUCCAGGUGAGGCCGAUGGCGCCCCGCGCUCCGGGAUCCGGCCCGGCCCGCUUCCUGGUUCUGCUGCUCCUGAUGCUUGAAAAAACGUCCUGCAGGGAGACGGCGUGGGCGGCGGAGUCACCCUGCCAUCGAGCCGAGCAUCCUUUCAUCUCACACACAGAAAUGGAGCCGUGGAUCCACCGUUUCAGAGCUCAGGGCACAGUGGAUUAUUCACAGCUCACCUUCGACCCCGGCCAAAACGAGCUGAUUGUGGGGGCGAGGAAUCAUCUCUUCAGGCUGCGUUUGGAGGACCUCUCAUUGAUCCAGGAGGCCGAGUGGCACUGUGACGAGUUCACCAAAGGCGCCUGCUUCAGUCGAGGAAAAUCCGAGGAGGAAUGUCAGAACUACAUUCGGGUCCUCCUGGUGAACGGAGACCGACUGUUCACCUGCGGCACCAACGCCUUCACCCCCAUCUGUACCAACCGCACGUUAACCAACCUGACAGAGAUCCAUGACCAGAUCAGCGGGAUGGCACGGUGCCCCUAUAACCCGCUCCAUAACUCCACCGCGCUCAUCACCUCCAGCGGGGAGCUCUACGCCGCCACCGCCAUGGAUUUCUCCGGUCGAGAUCCGGCCAUUUACCGCAGCCUGGGGGGUCUGCCUCCUCUCCGCACCGCCCAGUACAACUCUAAAUGGCUUAAUGAGCCCAACUUCGUGUCCUCGUACGACAUCGGGAAUUUCACCUACUUCUUCUUCCGUGAGAACGCGGUGGAACACGACUGCGGGCGGACGGUGUUCUCUCGGGCGGCGCGCGUCUGUAAGAACGAUAUCGGGGGCCGCUUCCUGCUGGAGGACACUUGGACCACCUUCAUGAAGGCCAGACUGAACUGCUCCCGACCCGGGGAGAUCCCGUUCACCUAUAACGAACUGCAGGGGACCUUCUUCCUCCCGGAGCUGGAGCUGCUCUACGGCAUCUUCACCACCAACGUGAACAGCAUCGCCGCCUCAGCCGUGUGUGCGUUCAACCUCAGCGCCGUCACCCAGGUCUUCAGCGGCCCGUUCAAAUACCAGGAGAACUCUCGAUCAGCCUGGCUCCCUUAUCCCAACCCCAACCCCGACUUCCAGUGUGGGACGAUAGAUUACGGUUCUUACGUGAACCUGACCGAGAGGAACCUGCAGGACGCUCAGAAGUUCAUCCUGAUGCACGAGGUGGUUCAGCCCAUCGUUCCCGUGCCCUACUUCAUGGAGGAUAACGUCCGGUACUCCCAUAUAGCCGUCGACGUCGUGCAGGGCAAAGACGCUCUCUACCACAUCAUCUACCUGGCCACAGAUUACGGCACCAUUAAGAAGGUUCUCUCUCCGCUGAACAGAACCACAGGAAGCUGCUUGCUGGAUGAGAUCGAGCUUUUCCCCUCCAGGAGGAGAGAGCCCAUCCUGAGCCUGCUCAUCCUGCAGAGCCGCAGUGAGCUCUUCGUAGGGGUUCGAGAUCAGGUCAUCAAAAUCCCUCUAAUGCGCUGCAACUUCCACAAAUCCAGGGAGGCGUGUGUUGGAGCCAGAGAUCCGUACUGCGGUUGGGACAUGGUGCUGAAGAAGUGCACGGUGCUGGAGGAGAGUAUCAGCAUGAGCCAGUGGGAGCAGAGCAUCACUCACUGUCCUGUGAAGAACCAGACAGUGGACGGACAGUUCGGUUCCUGGUCCAGUUGGGGCUCGUGCAGCCACAGCGACGGAGGAACAGUCGGAUCAUGCCAGUGUCGAACCCGGUCCUGUACCAACCCGAGUCCUCAGUGUGGAGGGAAACAGUGCCAGGGCAGCAGCGUGGAGGUGGCCAACUGCUCUAGAAACGGCGCGUGGACUCCCUGGACGUCCUGGUCCUCGUGCAGCACGAGCUGUGGCAUCGGGUUCCAGGUUCGUCAGCGCUCCUGCAGUAACCCCACCCCACGCCACGGCGGGCGAGUGUGUGUGGGACAGAACCGCGAGGAGAGGUACUGUAACGAGCACCUCCCGUGCCCCCCACAUAUCUACUGGUCAGCCUGGUCGCCAUGGGAACGCUGCACCGUGCCAUGCGGCGGGGGCAUCCAGUCUCGGCGCAGGACCUGCGAGAACGGAAACGAAUGUCCAGGAUGUAGUACGGAGCACCAGUCGUGUAACACCCUCCCCUGUCCGGACCUGAAGAAGACCACGCCGUGGACCCCAUGGACCCCCGUGAACAUCUCGGAUAAUGGCGGGCACUACGAACAGCGCUUCCGGUACACGUGCAGGGCGCGGGUGGCCGAGCCGAACAUGCUGGAGGUGGGCAGACAGAGGAUCGAGAUGCGUUACUGCUCCAGCGACGGUUCCACCGGCUGCUCCACCGACGGAGACACGCUGCGCUCGGGACGUAUCACCGGACUGACGGUGAACGGCGGCUGGUCGGCGUGGAGCUCGUGGACUCAGUGCAGCCGCGACUGCAGCUCCGGACUGCGCAGCCGCAAGAGAACCUGCACGAACCCCAAACCCAAAUACGGAGGAACCACAUGUCUGGGUCCCGCACAGGAGUACCAGGAGUGCAACACCACGCCCUGUCCAGUGGACGGUAGCUGGUCGUGUUGGUCCUCGUGGUCCAGAUGUUCGGCGACGUGCGGCGGAGGUCAUUACAUCCGCACCCGUUCCUGCAGUAACCCCCCUUCCGCCUACGGAGGGGACAUCUGCCUCGGCUUACACACCGAGGAGGCUCUGUGCAACACACAACCUUGUCCAGAGAGCUGGUCUGACUGGUCUGAAUGGUCCCACUGCGACUCGUCCGGCUCUCAGGUCCGCCUCCGUCACUGCGACGUUCUCUUUCCCACCGGGAACCAGUGUUCAGGGAACAGUACAGAGACCCGUCCCUGUCCGUCCGACUCCAACUUCAUUCCAGAGAUUUCUGUAGCCCACUCGAGUCACACGGACCGGCGCUGUGGAGACUUUAACGUGUUCCACAUGAUCGCCGUGGGUCUGAGCAGCUCCAUUCUGGGCUGUUUGGUCACCCUGCUGGUCUACACCUACUGCCAGAGAUACCAGCAGCAGUCACACGACGCCACCGUCAUCCAUCCCAUCUCGGCCGUGCCUCUCAACACCAGCAUCACCAACCACAUCAACAAACUGGACAAAUACGACACGGUGGAAGCCAUCAAGGCUUUCAAUAAGAACAACUUGAUCCUGGAGGAAAGGAAUAAAUACUUCAACCCUCAGCUCGCUGGAAAAACCUACACCAACGCCUACUUCACAGACCUGAACACCUACGACGACUAUUGAUCCUGGAUCUCUACGACCGGUGCUUCUUUAAUUUGCGAUUUCUUCACCACCGCGGCCAGUACAUGGAUUUGUUUUUAAUUUUAUUAUGAUUUGAUGUUUGACUGUUUGAUGUUUUCUGUGGGACCAUUUUAACAAUCACGUGUCGAUGGACCUUCACCAGACUAACAAGAACAUGAAGCUCUUCUGCUCUUCUAAUAGAGCAAAACAAAAAACACAAACGGCAUCUCUGUGGUGCUGAAACGUUCUGAAAACUUCUCAUGGAGGGAUCUCUGCACCUCUGUGCUCUCGAUAAAGGAAACACUCUGGGACUUCAGCAGGACGGCGUGUUUGCAUGAUUUCCAUUCGCUGUGUUUUUGUUUUAUUGGUCUGCAUGGUUGCCAGCACUGACCAGAAUGACCAGAGAGAACCUGACCCAGCGGCGACCCUGCAGUGCCCUCGUGCCUCCUACAUUGGUGCCCAAAAAACGCCGUGUUUGUUUACUACAGUGGGGAUACGUGCUUUCAUCUCCUGUACAGCACCUUUAACUCAAACCGUCCGUCUGCGUAGCUUCCGUAGAUUUAACCGUUAUAUUCUGUGUUCAUCAUUCUGUCCCGCCGGCAGCGUCGUGUCAUUUUAACACAAGCGAAUUAACGCUCUAAACACACCGCAACAUUUUUUAUAACUAACGUUUUGCUAAUUUGAACUAAGACCAUGAAGGAUCAGUAUCAUUAAUGAACCGUACGCUCAUAUUUUUAAAGGGACGAUAAUCUGUUUCAUCUGUUAUUAUCAAAAAACAAAAGCUGUAAUCAUUUCUUUAAAAUAAAUAAAGAAUGCCGUAUUUUCUGGACGUAUUCUCAUCUGCAGCUGUAUAAAAAACUUCGAAUCCCAGCUGUGCCAUCGCCCGACGUGAUUGGCUGUGUCUGAUGGUGGGCGGGCUGAAGGGUUUCCUCAUUACUGCUGUAAUCGCGACCUCUGCUGGCUGGUCGAGGCACCUGCACACAGACGGUAAAUAACAGAGAUCAGUGCACAACUCGAUUGGGAGAAAAAGGGAAAAUCCAUAAAUAAAAGGCAUUAGCCUCCAUAAAUAUUUACAGUUUAUUCAGACCUUACUCUCCUGUCUUUAUCUGUCCGGUUCUCAUGAGUCUGCGCCCACCGUAGCCCCAGAUUCCUGUGCACGGGCGACACUAAUAGAACCCCGCGUGUGCUUCUGUUGUUCUAGCUCGUCCACCUUUAAAUUCAACAUGUCGUGUGUCUUGAGAUGUAAAAAAAAGAUAUUAUUUUACAAUACAAGCACAGCUUACAAGUGCAGCUUCCACUGUGUGGUCGGUGCCUGCACCAGCUAUGGACGAUCAGUUCUUAAAAGCUUGUAAGCUGAUGCAGGUCGGAGAGGUCGGAGGGAGCGCACGAUAGUCUCAGCUCUCUUCAGCCAGCAUAAAUCUAACAGCAGGGAAUUGGAGACGACCGGAUUGGGAACACAUGGUGGGGGAAAAGAACGUCCAGGAACUACGGUAUAAAUCCGUCGCUGUGAUUCGUUUCUGUUUCAUUUUUAUACCAGUUUUGUUUGUUUGUUUGUUUUUUAUCUGUUUGCUUGUUUUAUUGUGCAUAAAUUAAAGCAGCUUGUUACA